AUGAAAGCCCAAACGCAGUUUGGAGUGAAAGGCAAAUUGGUACCGAGAUAUGUUGGCCCAUAUGAAAUCCUUGAGAAAAUCAACCCGGUGACGUAUCGGGUAGCCUUACCACCAGUGAUGGAAUAUAUGCAUAAUGUUUUUCAUGUCUUAAUGUUUCGGGACUAUCUACAAGAUCCAUUACAUGUUAUUGAACCAAUACAUGUGCUUUUGAAGGAUGACUACACCUACGAGAAGAAGCCAAUUCAGAUUGUGAACCGCCAUAUCAAAAGAUUGAGGAACAAAGAAAUCCCCUUAGUGAAAAUAGAUUGGCAAAACCACGAAGAGACAUAUGUAACAUGGGAGACGGAAGAGGACAUGAUAAAGUGA